UUACCUCCAUCUCCAAAAGACCAAAACCCACAAAACCUCCAAAAGAGAGGAUGUAUUUUAGCUCAAAUAUACACAUAAAAAUGGCAGCUAGGUCGGCAUUCCGCUCCUUCAACACCGUACGCUCGGCGGCUUCUAGAAUCUCCACCGCCGCACCCAAACCUAAUGUCACGUCAGCAUCACGCUCUGCUUUCCGUAUCCCCUCGCAAAAGAACCCCCUUUCUCAUCGCAUUUUCAGGUCUCCGGUGGAGCUGAGCGCUGUGUCUGUAGAAUCAAUGCUUCCAUUCCACACAGCUACUGCUUCUGCGUUGCUGACAUCAAUGCUUUCCGCUGCUCCACGCACUUGUGGUUGGACUCUUGAAGAUCUGAACGACGAUGUAUGAUGACUUGUUGGAAGAUCUGAACGACGAUUUAUGAUGACCAGUUGGAAGGAUCUGGACCUACUGUAUGAUCUCCAGAAGCAAGUUCCUGGAUUCACUUUCGUUGUUUUUAAUCUUAUAUAAAGUUCUACUAGAACCAACUAGGAUGAUGCUAGUAUUAUUAUCAGGCCAUAAUUUCUGGACUUAAAUGUCAUUUUGUUCUGUUUGGUCUGAUUUAAAUUGUAGCAAGCAUAUAUUAUUUGAUAUGGACUUUUGUUUGUUUAGGGCUGUGAUUGGCUCACUUUCGGCAAGAAGAAUUAGCAUGCUUCGUUUCCGUAAGGUUUUCAUUCAGUAAAUUGUUUGUUGCUUGUAGAUGGAUGCUUGUAUGUGUUCAGAUGCCGUGCAUUUGAUCUCUAACUCUCAAGAUGUUGCCGCAUAUUGUAAAUUUGUAAUCAUAGUGCUGGAUGAUUCUCAUCGUUUGUACUUUUGAAAACUCGAUAUCCGAUCAUUUCAUCAGGACAAUGUUGAUUUUGGUA